GGAUUGCCACAUACACAUCCAAGCACGCGUGCAAUACAGACUCUCAAGGAACAAAUCUGCAUUCUUUCUGCCUGUGGACUUCCUUCUCCUUAUCUUCCUUUCUCUCUCUCUAUCUCCCUCUCACUCUCUCUCUAUCUAUCUCUCUUUUAUCUCUUCUAUAUAUCAUCUACUCUUUAAUCGCAUUUUGACGCUGCUUAACUUCAAUUAUUUAUGCUUCGCUUGUUAAUUUGGAUGUAGACGCGCUCGCUCCCUGUCUCUCUCUCUCUCACUUUCUCUCUCUCUCCUUCUAUCUCUCUGUCGCUGUCACUCUCUCGCUUUGCUGUCUCGACGUCGCCACCUGUUAGUCGUCCGCUGCGCAGCGCGCUGGUCUCGGCGGUCUAUGAGGAGUUCCACCCCUGGUGUGAUCACACAGCUAAAUGACGGUACGAAAGGGAAAGCGGAUGGGCAUCUCCAUCCAGGAGCACAUGGCCAUCGACGUCUGUCCAGGUCCCAUCCGACCAAUCAGGCAGAUCUCUGCCUACUUUCCCCGCCUCUCCCCCACCUCCUCCAUUUCUGAUUCGCUGUCACCUAACCAGGCUGCCUGUCCGUCAUCCCCGUUGCUGGGGGGAGGCGGGGCCUCCGCGGUUGGUGGGCUGCUGUCUCCGAUGUCGCCGGGGGCAACUGGAGGAGGGGGAGGGACACUGUCGAUGAUGAGCAGUAUGGACACGUCCAUAGAGAUCGACAGUUGCGAUAGCGACGACAACACGUCUCUGGGUACUCUGGAGUUCGAUCUUCGUUAUGAGACGGAAACUAGCUCAUUACACUGCACCGUCAUCCGAGCGAAGGGUCUUAAGCCCAUGGAUUUCAACGGCUUGGCGGACCCGUAUGUGAAGCUGCAUCUCCUUCCUGGUGCCUGCAAGGCAAAUAAGCUGAAGACGAAGACGGUGCGGAACACCCUGAACCCCAUGUGGAACGAGACUCUAACGUACUGUGGCAUCACGGACGAGGACAUGUACCGCAAGACACUCAGGGUGUCGGUGUGUGAUGAGGACAAGCUGACCCAUAACGAGUUCAUCGGGGAGACGCGGAUAGCCCUGCGCAGGGUCAAGCCCAACCAGCCCAAACACUUCAACAUCUGUCUGGAACACCCCGCCGCCACUUCCUUCUCCUACUGCGAUGAGUGUGGCAAUGCGGGGGAUCUCCUGUUAUCUGAGAGAGUGGGAGACGGAGCAGCAGAGGAGUCUGGAGGAGCGAGGUCGUCUGCUGCUCUGCCUGCAGUUCCUGCCCCCCUCCCCCCCAGCAGAGGACGACGAGCAGAAGAAAGAGGCCAAGGACCGCGCCAAGGGCGGCCUCUGUGUAGGGGUGCGCCGCUGUGCCCACCUGGCCGCCAUGGAUGUCAACGGAUUCUCCGACCCCUACGUCAAAACGUACCUCAAACCAGACCUGAAGAAGAAAUCGAAACACAAAACAGCUGUCAUCAAAAAGACUCUCAACCCAGAGUUUAAUGAGGAGUUCUUUUAUGAGAUCACGUUUACGGAGCUGACUACCAAAACCCUGGAGGUCACCGUGUGGGAUUACGACUUGGGCAAGAGCAACGAUUUCAUUGGAGGCGUGUCCUUGGGCUGU